AUGACUUGUAUUGUUGCUGGCUUUCCCUCCAAUAUCGCAGCUCUACAGUUCGAGUGGGCUUGGCAGAAUGCCCAUCUCACCAGACAUAUUCCCCAUCAUGAGAGAAUAUCUUUUGCGACAACAUGUACCAAGACUUCGCCUAAGACGGGGAGAUUGAGAAGAAAGCCUGGUAGGCCGAAGACCUCCCUGACUGAUAAAUUGUCGAAUCUGCAUUUACUACUACGUGUUCCUUACUUUUCCAAAUGGCCUCUCGAGCUCCGUUUCUUUUCCGAGGAUGUCUUUCGGUUUUGGCAGACUUGGUGCCAGAGGGUCGAUGCCCAGAUUUCACCACGGAUCAAGGUCUGGCUCGACAAGCCCAAGGAAGGCCAUGACCUUGUCCCUCAGAUCCACGCUGGACUCAGCCGUAAGCGACGGAGGCUGGAUGCAAUUGGCAGAGGUGGUGUUGAUGGUGUCGAUCCGACGUAUGCCUCGUUGCGCCCAGUCCUGGAAAAGGCCCAAUUAUUGUUAGAAGAGGACAACGACCUUGCUUGUGGUUUAUGCAACCAAAGCCUGGAUCCGAAACAUGAUUUGAUCACGGUCUGUUCCCAAGCUAACUGUCUGAGUAUCUACCACAUGAGUUGCCUGUCGAACCAGUUUCUCAAGGCUGAAAGAACUGCGGCCAUGCUUCCGGGCAGUGGUGAUUGUCCGAGCUGCAAAACGCAUUUAUCAUGGGUGGAAUUGAUGAAGGAAAUGACUCUACGCGUUCGAGGUGAAAUUGAAGUGCGUAAGAUGUUGAGAGCGAAGAAUCGGCUGGUGCCUUCUGGUGUACCGCAAGCAGAUGCUCUACAGGAUGAAAGGUCUGACGGGUCCGAUAUGGAUGAGCCUGAUGAAGAUGUGCUGACUGCAGCUGACGUGGUUGACGAGGACAGUGAUGAUACUGUCUCUCUUACCAGCGUAGAGUCAGACGGGUCACAUAAUUCGACAAGAGGAGCGGUCAUGAAAGCCAGAUCCAAUACAAAACUACCCACGGUGAUUGAGGACAGCGACGCCGACGUGAUUGAUCUUCUCAGUGAUUGA